AUGAAUGCCUAUGAGAACUCCAUGAUCUACAAGAUGAGAACCAAGGCAGCCCACGACAAACUGAUUCGCCUAAAAGACUUCAAGGUCUUUUGGAGCAUUCUGGAGCAUAUGGGACGUGAGGAGCAUGGAAUGACUUGGUGCAUGGACGCAGCUCAACUGGAUACGGAAAGGAAGAAGGAGGUAGCCAUCUUGAAACCCAGCUCGACCGGCCAAGCUUCAACUCGAUCGAGCUGGGAAGUCAAAGUCAAACCCGAAAAAUGUUGCUUCCCCCUUGACUUGUCUUUGACCCUAAACAUAAAUCCUCUAGUAUUUUAA